UGUAAUAACACAAGAGGCGGUGUGUCGUGGUUAAUAUGUAACGCUCAGAGCACACUUGCACUUUGUUUCCCCAAAUAAUAGGCGCUUUCCGAAGCUAUCUUGGAACAAGCUGAAUGGUUGUGCAACCAAACCUCAAAAUAUGGCGGUACACAAAAUGAAGAUGGGAUUUAUGUUUAUUGUAACCUAUAUGUGCUUCCUUGCUCCAGCCCACCAAGCGCACCUUCCAAGUGCCACCAUCUCAGACCUUUCCUUCAAAAUUAUGGACUUUGCCAUGAACCUAUACAGAAAUAUAUCCAGCUAUCAUGACAAGAACAUCUUUUUCUCACCUCUGAGCAUUUCCACCAGCUUUGCGGCUCUCUUGAUGGCUACUGAUGGUGUCACACACGAGGAAAUACUGAAGGGACUCAACCUGGAGGCGUUGGAGCGGGCUGACCAGCCAGAACUUAUCCCAACACUCUUUCAACUCCUUCAUGAGGGAAUCGUACAGAAUGGCUCACUAAAACUGGAUCAAGGCAUGGCCCUCUUUAUGCGCCCGCAGUUUGCUGUGAAGGAGAUAUUUAAAGGCAAAAUCAAGACGUUUUUCAACGGUGAAAUCAAAAGUGUAGACUUUGCGGACACAAAAGGGAGUAUCAGCUUCAUCAAUGAGUAUAUCAAGCACAAGACUGAAGACAAAGUGACAGAGAUGAUUUCCACCCUGGAUGCAAUGACCCAACUCAUGUUAAUCAACACAAUUUUCUUCCAGGGAGCCUGGCAAAUGCCUUUCAACCCCAAUUUAACUGAAAAUGCACCAUUCUACAUUGACAACUAUAACAUUGUGCAAGUGCCGAUGAUGUUUUUAGAGGAUAAGUUCUACUCCAUGGAAGAUGUUCCUCUUGGUGCCAGGGUGCUGAAGCUACCAUACCAAGAAGGCGUUUCCAUGCUUAUCCUGCUUCCCAACAAAGGCAUGGACUACACUGUAAUUGAUGAUGGGAUCACUGCUGACAGGUUCCUCAGCUGGAUCAAAAAGCUGCAGAAAAUCAAACUGGAGGUCAACAUGCCCAAAUUCAAGAUGGAAGAGUCAUAUGCUCUGCACAAUAUUCUACCAGACAUGGGCAUGGCCAGUAUCUUCAGUAAUCAUGCCAAUUUGACAAAGCUGAGUAAGGAAGAAGGCCUCAAAGUGUCUGAGGUGCUGCACAAGGCUGUCAUCGAGGUAGAUGAGACAGGGACCACUGCAGCAGCUGCCACAACAACUGGCAUUAUUGCAUAUUCCUUACCCAGAACCUUCACUGUCAACAGGCCAUUUUUCUUUUUCAUAUACCAUGAAGACACAAACUGUAUUCUGUUCAUGGGCAGGGUGAUUGACCCCACCACAAACUAGCAGUCAUGACACUAAGUGCUUGCACUUAACAUUGUGUAAGAUUGUUUUUUUAAUUUUAAAUUGAAAAUGCUUGUGCUGGUCUGUUCUGUAAGCCUACCUAUAUGUGAUCCCUAUUAAUAAAAAAAAUGUACGUUAGUGUGCCUUUA